UAUUUCCUCAAAUGAGAGGAUUUCCCAUAUAACAAUCAAUAAACACCUUUAGCAAGGAAUUCAGUGAAAAAACAUUUUUCAUUCGUUUUAUAAAUAUUUAAUCAUUUUUAUUAAUCAAGCAUGAAUCAAACUUUAUUGGUAAACAAUUUUGUAUGCUUUAAAAAAAAUUAAAGAAGGACUUUGUUGUCCCCUUGAAGGUUUCUUUAUACUAAAAUUAAUAUUUUAUUGUCGUAAACGUACAUUUUAAAAAUUGAUUUAGUAUGACUAAAUUUAUUUAUUUGCGGUAAAGUGAUCAGGGCAGAAUUCAAAUUGUUGCUUUAUUUUGAAUUCGUAAUAAAAUAAAAUAUUUUAUAAUUUUUCGCAAUAUUUUCUUUUGAGAAAAAAUACAACAAAUAGUUAAAUCGAAUUUAUUGAGCACGAAAAGUUUUCAAAAAUUAAUUUCAUGAUUGCAAAUUGAGCAGCUGGAUCUGUUGGCUGGCUACACAGAGGAGUGCCGAAUGAGGUCUCAAUUUUAGUGUCUCUAUUUGCCACACAUUAUGUGACCAAUUACGGCAUCAAAGCGUGUAUAUCUCAUCUCUACUAGAUCUGCCGCAAUCUAUUGAACCACCAUCACCUCCUCCAUAGACAUUGGCAAGACUAGCUAGUCAUGCUUGCAUCGGCGACUUAAAGAGACAGAGAAAAUGCAUUUUAUGCGACAAUUGGCAUAUUGGCGAUGUCGCGUCUCGUGGUCCAUCUCGCGCCUAUGAUGAUAUUAUCAACCAUUCUCCAUGGAGCAUCAUCGACACAGCGACGUGCAGAGGCGGUGAUUUGUUAUUUAAAAUUUGCAUUUGACCCACCAGGUGUCUUUUCAAGAUCAAGCACACUUUCUGCCACCUGGAGAGGUAGUAGUGUUUGUUUUUUGCAAACCUCCUCACCUAUAUUUCACACGAAAAUCUCGUUUAAAUUGGCUAUUUUGUAGGCAAAACUUUUAACGGGAAUCCACGCCAAAUUCUGCAUUGCAUUUCUAUUGCUCUAUUGACAUAGAGAGCGAGAAUCCGAUGAUUCAGUGCUGCGUGUCGUUUUUUUUUUUGAGUAAUUUAAUUUUUUUUGUGACAUUUAUGUACAAUUUAUUUAAAUUUACCUUAUUUGCUAAUUUCCCACGCGCAGGGCGUACGAUGGGAUCUUUUUGUUGCUUUUGAAUCAACGCGCGAGCAUUGGAUUAGAAUAACAAUUGACGAGCAAUUAGCAUCGAAUGCGUGUACAAAAGAACACCCAAAAAAAUGGUCAAUGGGUGUCAAUUGAAUUUCUUCUUUAGCAGACACAUAAUAAUCCUCCAUUGAGAUCACUGCUGCAGAAUAUUCACAGACAAUCUCAUGACGUCAUCUCUAAGAGACCACUGCUAAUACACUGAAAAAAAAAUUAAUUUCUUCUUAAUUUGAUUUAAAUAAUCAUUAAGACUCGUUCUUCUAUUAAUUUCUUUCAUGACUUUUUCAAGAUUUGUUAAAAUCGGAUUAAUUAGCAAAAAAAAAAUCAAAAAAUACUUGAAAAGAAAUUCUUAAAAUUUAUAUCAAAUUUAUUUAUUGAGCGUUCUAUGGAUAAGAUUUUAUUGUAAUAUCAGUAAAGUUAUUAAAACUAUUCAAGUUGAGAAGUAAAUCCAAUAAAUCAUUUCUCCUCAAAAUUGUUGCGAUAAAUUCAAUCAAACUUAGCACUUUUGAGCUCUCAACAAAUUUUUACAAAUUAAACCCAUAGUUGAGGGACCACGCGAAAUGAGGCAAAUUUCGCGCUCACGCCUCGUAGUCUUUAGCUGUUUGGUAUCAGUUGUCUCGGGAAUUGCGCACAGUCCACACACUCUGUCCUCGAUCGCGCCUCUGAGGCACAAAUCGGUAUAUCUUUACGCAGUAAAAUGCAAUUGUAAGCAAUUCUUAUCGACUCUCACUUCCUGAGCACAAAUUUCUCUUCUCUGGUGUACUGUAUUGAGUCUCUGUGGGAAAGAGCCCUGCUAGGAUUUUCUUCAAUGUCUCAGAGGGUUCCUUCGGUGACUACAGUGUUGGUUGCAAGUUGAACGUGGGACGCUCUCAAGAUUUUGUGUUUAGCAAUGAAUCUUCUUCAUUUGUGGGUGUUUUGUGUGUGUCUCGUUGGUGGAUGUUGGGCUGCCGAUAGGCCUCCCAAUAUUGUCUUCAUCCUAGCCGAUGAUUUAGGGUGGAAUGAUGUGGGAUUCCAUGGAUCAAAUCAAAUUCCCACGCCCAAUAUUGAUGCACUGGCAUUCUCUGGGAUCAUCCUCAAUCACUACUACGUCACACCCAUCUGUACACCCUCCAGGGCUGCUCUCAUGACGGGAAAGUAUCCAGUCCAUUUAGGUAUGCAACACACUGUUCUAUAUGCUGCAGAACCCCGUGGUUUGCCUCUCAAGGAAAAGCUCUUACCUGAGCAUCUCAGAAAUCUUGGGUAUGUUAAUCACAUUGUCGGUAAAUGGCACUUGGGUCACUACAAGAAGGUCUAUACGCCCCUAUAUCGCGGAUUUGACACUCACGUGGGCUUCUGGUCGGGUCGGCAGGACUAUUUUGAUCACACAUCCAUAGAGAAACCCAGCUGGGGUCUGGAUAUGCGACGUGGAAUGGAUGUUGCAUUCGAUCUCCAUGGAAAAUAUCUAACAGAUAUAAUUAGUCAGGAAUCAGUGCGUGUUAUUCACAAUCACAACAAUUCCCAGCCACUCUUUCUCUACAUGGCACACGGAGCUGUUCAUUCUGGGAAUCCCUACAACCCUCUUCCAGCACCCGAUGCAAAGGUCAUGCAGUUCGAGAGUACCAUUACGGAUUUCAAUAGGAAGAAAUUUGCAGCAAUGAUGUCUUCUCUGGAUGAUUCCGUGGGUGCUGUUGUGGCUGCACUGUCUGCCAAAGGAAUGCUGGAGAAUACAAUAAUAGUCUUUAGUACGGACAAUGGUGGUCCAGCGGAGGGAUUUAAUCUCAAUGCUGCUUCAAAUUGGCCACUGCGGGGGGUAAAGAAUACAUUGUGGGAAGGUGGGGUGCGUGGUGCUGGACUCUUGUGGAGUCCUCUCAUCAAGAAAAAUAGGCGUGUUGCACGUCAAACUAUGCACAUCUCUGAUUGGCUUCCAACACUCUACGCUGCAGCUGGAGGAGAUGAUGAAGAUUUGGGAAAUGAUUUGGAUGGAAAAAAUCUGUGGAAACAACUUUCCGAGGAUGAGGAAUCAACCAGAACACAUAUUCUGCACAAUAUUGAUGAUAUUUGGGGUAGUGCUGCUCUCACGAUCGGCGAUUGGAAGGUUAUCAAAGGAACCAACUAUAAUGGGCAGUGGGACAAUUGGUAUGGUCCGUCUGGUGAUAGAGAGCCGGAGAACUACAACAUCAGUCUCCUGUUGAGUUCACCAGCAGGAAAAGCAAUGCAGAAGAUGAAUUUAUUGCCGAAAGAUGAUGAAAUUCAAAAAUUGCGGCAACAAGCUAAUAUUGAGUGCAAAAAAGAUCUGAAGAAUCCAAGAAGUGUAUGCAGACCACUGGAAGCCCCGUGCCUUUUUAACAUCAGAGAAGAUCCUUGUGAAUUGGCCAAUGUAGCUGAAAAGUAUCCCAAUACCCUUCAUGCUCUCAUUUCGCGCCUCAACAAGUACAAUGAGACUGUCAUACCGCCGGACAAUCGGGCACUCGAUCCGAGGGCAGAUCCCAGAUUCUGGGACAAUGUCUGGACAAAUUUUGGAGACUACAGCUACUACGGCAAAGAGCUGGAGUCAUCACGCAUUGACAUUCUACCUUAUAAUUCCUCCCAGAAUUAAUUAUUAAUUAAUUCUGAAAUGCAUUUUAUAAUUUCGAUAAAAAAUAAAAAUCAUUAUUUAUUUGACCGUUAAA